AUGAACGUGACGUCGUCGGGGUCGCUGUUUCGAUCGCCGGACGACAGCGGCGUCGCCAAGCCGCUAGGCUCGGAAAUCUCCCCCAUCUUCGCCUCGACAGGUCUGGCCACACCUGGUAGUAAUGGCUCUGGCGCAGGCUCGGGAGCGGGCGGCUCGGCGACGCGGAAAAUGUUCACCCGCGCAUUUUCCGUGCGCGAGCGGCCAUCUGCCGUGUCGGGGGGGGACGGCGGCGGGAACAGCGCCGGAAGCGGCGGCGGAGGCGGAGGGGGUUUCCUAGACGCGUGCGGGUUCAGUCCUGUGUUACUGCGCGCAAGGAAUGCGGGGAGAGUCGGGCCUGUGGGGGAACACGAAGGGGAGGGGGCGGGUGACACACCCGUCAUGGGGCUCGGUGGGGGAAACGGGGGGAAUGGGGGGAACGGCGGAGUGAACGGAGGGGGAAACGGGGGAAACGGAGGGCGCGACGGAGGCAAUGGCGGGGGGAAGGUGGGCGGAGUGGCAGUGUGGGCAGCACCGAGUGGAAUUGGAAACGACAAUGCCGCGUUCCCUGUAAUCACCGAAGCUCAGCAACAGCACAUGCCACAGGGGCCGCUUGUGGCAUCCUCGCCGCUACAUCCGCCGCGCCAGCCGGCCUCAGAACGCCACUCGGGACCGCUGCAACAAGGCACGGUCCAGUCAUCAGAUUCGGCCGCGGACGUGGCGCCGAAAGGACCAUCGCAGCAGCAGCUGCAGCAGAGGGUAGCGGAAGAGGAGGAGGAAGGCGAGGAGCAGGAGCAGGAGCAGGAGCAGGAGCAGGAGAGGGGGCAUUGGAGCCCAUCCGGUGGCCGUAGGCUCGAGGGUGGUGCUACAGGGAAGGGAACAGCGUCUAGGAGGGUGGGGGGGCCAAGGCUCACGAAGAGCCGCUCAGAGAAGGCGCCUAGCAGUGGUGGGGGAGCGGCGAGGGGAGGGGCGCGGGGGGGAAAGAGUGGGCACGAGCGGCUGCAGGAGAUUCUGAGCAGCGUGGGCAGCGGGUGGGGCGGACUGCCUUUAACCGCAUCACUGAGUGGCGGCAGUGUUAGCUCUAGCGGCAGCGCCUUGCGUGGAGGCAGUCUGGUGGCUCGGAGCGCCACAGUGAGUGGGGUGGGACCGGCGUUGGGUGGCAUAAUGAGGCCGGCUGGUGGUUUUCCUGUGAGUGGCAGCAUGAGCAGCAUGAGUGUAAGUGUGAGUGGCAGUGCAGGAGUCAGUCCACGGGGCCAGGGCAGCGAAGGCUUUGCCUUCUCCCACCUGACCCAAGCACACACACUCUCUCUUGCAUCCCAAUCCCAAGACUCUUCUUCCAGUGAUUAUGCUAUGUCUCCGUAUGGGGGGAGUGACAGAGGGGUGCAGGCAGAGAGGGGAAGGGAGCAGGAAGGAGGAGGUGGGGUGUUGCAAAGCAGCAGGGUGCUGCUGUCGCCAGCCAAGGCAGCACAGGAGGAGAAGCUGCUGGAGAUGCUGCGAUCUACACCGCCCGUUCGCUGGGACAAGCCGGGACAGGCUGGAAACUACACCAAUCAGACCCAGAGUUAG